AUGAGUGACGCUGCGCACUGUCCACAGCUACAGCCAUGGUUAGGCCGAUCUAAAGCAAAAACUCAAGGAAUCUUGCAGCUAGUACGAACCCCAUUAUUGAGUCCUCUUCCUGCUCUCCUCUCCACUCUGAGCACACCAAGCACGAACCCACCAAGGAGAGAUGGGUUCCAGAGAGGAAUAGAGAGAUCCCUUCAUCAAAAGAAAAAAGAAGAGAGAUCAAUGGAGGUGGUGAGUGCUUCGCACGGCGUCUUGGGUCCCCUGCUGGGGAAGCUCACCGGUUUGCUCGCCAGUGAGUGUGCCCGCCUCAAAGGCGUCCGGCGUGAGAUCCGCUUGCUCAAAUCCGAGCUGACCUGCAUGCAUGGCGCGGUCGAGAAGUACACAAUGAUGCAAGAUCCUGAUGUUCAGGUUAAGAAGUGGAUGUCGCUGGUGAGGGAGCUGACCUAUGACAUUGAGGAUGUCAUCGACAAGUUCAUCCACCAGCUCAGUAAUGAGGGCCACCGGCACCAGGGUGGCUUCAAGGAGUUCUUCCGCAAGACUGCUCGCCGGCUCAAGACUAUGGGCUCUCGCCGUGGAAUCGCCAACCAAAUCAAUGCUUUGAAGAUUCGUCUCGAGCAGGUAAAAGAGUUGAAAAGUAGUUACAAGCUGGAUGAUAUUACCUUUGAACAUUCAGCUGUGGAUCCUCGCUUGUCUGCUCUUUUUGUUGACGAAGCACACCUUGUGGGCAUUGAUGGUCCAAGGGAUGAUCUUGCCAAUUGGAUGUUGGAAGAUAAAAAUGGCUCGACCAAGGAUCGCAAGGUGUUGUCCAUUGUUGGCUUCGGUGGGUUGGGAAAAACGACACUGGCGAGGGAGGUCUACCGCAAGAUCAAAGGGCAUUUUCAUUGUCAGGCUUUUGUCUCAGUCUCACAAAAACCAAAUGUAAAGAAAAUUAUGAAGAAUUUGAUCUGCCAGCUGCCUUGCAAGAAAGAUUUUAAAGAAGGUAUCGACACUUGGGAUGAAACAAUGUGUAUUGCAAAGCUAAAAAAAUUGUUGCAAGAUAAGAGGUAUCUCAUCGUUAUUGAUGAUAUAUGGUCCAUACCAACAUGGGACACUAUUAAGAAUGCUUUCCCAGAGAAUGAUCUUUGUAGCAGAAUUAUAGCUACUACACGCAUUGUUGAUGUAGCAAGGUCAUGUUGUCUAGAUGGUAAUGGCCGCAUGUAUGAAAUGGAAGCCCUGAGUGAUCUCCACUCCAAAAGAUUGUUUUUCAAAAGAAUAUUUGGUUCCGUGGAUGGUUGCCCUGAUGUGCUAAAACAAGUUUCAAACAAAAUACUGAAGAAAUGUGGAGGCCUCCCAUUGGCAAUUAUCAGUAUAUCAAGUUUAUUGGCAACAAAACCGGUGAUCAAAGAUGAGUGGGAGAGGGUCAGAAGGUCUAUUGGUUCUGCAUUGGACAAAAACCGAAGCUUAGAUGGAAUGAAUAACAUAUUAUCCCUUAGUUACAAUGAUCUUUCACCCAAUCUCAAGACCUGCUUGUUAUAUUUAUGUAUAUAUCCUGAGGAUUAUGUGAUUGAGAGAGAUAUUUUAGUGAGGCGAUGGAUUGCAGAAGACUUCAUCUCUGAAGAGCACGGACAAAGCAAGCAAGAGGUUGCUGAGAACCACUUCUAUGAGCUAAUAAACAAAAGUAUGGUCCAACUGGUUGAAAUUGGCUAUGAUGGAAAGGCUCGUUCUUGUCAAGUCCAUGACAUGAUGCUCGAGCUCAUCAUUUCAAAAUCGGUUGAAGAUAAUUUCAUCUCUUUGGCAGGCCAUGGUCAAACUGAUUUGGCAAAGUGUGAUGGUCUUAUUCGGCGACUAUCAGUCCAGCAUAUUGGCCAAGAGCUUGCAUCCAUAUUGGCAAAUGAAGAUCUAAGCCAUGUACGUUCUCUGACAGUGAUAGCAUCAACUUGCAUCAAACACUUGCCUAGGCUUGUUGUCUUUGAAGCUUUGCGUGUACUAGAAUUUCAAGAUUGUGAGAGUCUGCACAAGUAUGACAUGAAUGGUAUAGAUAAACUAUUUCAACUGAAGUACCUGAGCUUUAGGGGCACUUGGAUGUCGAAGCUACCAUCGGGGAUUGUGAGGCUAUAUGGUCUAGAGACCCUAGAUCUUAGAAAUACAUAUAUAGAAGAAUUGCCCACUGGGAUUAUUCAGCUUGUUAAGCUACAACAUCUACUAAUUGCAAGAUAUUCCGGUAAAGAUCCUCUUGGCGAAAUGAAGAUACCCAAUGGUAUUGACAAUAUGAGGAGUUUACAGGUGAUCUCAGGCUUUAAUAUUAUGAAGAGUGCAUUGUGUGCAGUCGAGGAACUGGGGAAUCUGUCCGGUUUGAAAGAACUCCAUGUACAGUUGGAUGGUCGAGGAUCUCAGGAAUACCAGAGGCAUGAAGAGAUGUUACUCUCCUCACUAUGCAAGCUUGGCAGCUGCAAACUUCAGUCUUUACAGAUACUCUCUACUGGUUCAACACCCCUCCAGUUUUUAGAUUCGUGGUCCCCUCUGCCAUAUAACCUCCAAACAUUUUGGAUGACCACUAACUACUAUUUACCAAAGAUGCCAAAGUGGAUUGUACCAGCACUCAGCAGUCUUGCAUACCUGAACAUUAAUUUGAAUGAAGUAACAGAGGAGGAUCUGUGGAUACUUGGAGAGGUGCCUGCCUUACUCUGUCUGAAUUUAACAUUCAACACUGUCCAAAAAGAUAGGCUUACCGUACAAGGUGUUGGAUUCCCGUGUUUGAAGGAAUUCUACCUUAUUCGUGAUUAUGAUUGUACAAGUGCAGCUUACUUGACGUUUGAAGAAGGGGCACUGCCAAAGCUGGAGAAGCUUGAGCUGCCGUUCUCUGUUUCAGUGGCAGAAGCCAAUGGGUUCCAAUUGGGUCUUGGCCACCUCCCAUGUCUGAGAGAUGCCAAAGUUACUCUUUGCAAUGAUGUCGACACAUCUUACGAAAGCAACUCUGCUGCAGCUGCUGCUAUAAGGAACGAGGCAAAUAGCCAUCCCAAUCAUCCCAGGCUAUCUAUCCUGGGAGAAUGGGAAGAGAGCUCAAGCGACGAGGAAGAGAGCUACACCGAUAAUGAAGAGAGCUAG